AUGCUCUCAUUAGAAGAAUAUAACCCUUUUCUCCGCCACUUUAUCCUCUUCAACUUCAAAUUAUUGUUGAACAAUUGAAAAAUCAGAAUCCUUCCCCACCAAAUUCCUCCAUACCUCUGUCGAUCAUGGAUCUCCGAUUUCCUUUUCUCCUCUUCCUUUUCUUGCAGGCUGUUUCCGGCAUCCUCCUCGCCGCUGCGUCCAACGUUGCCUACCCCUCCGUCGUCGAUACUGGAGUCGGUGAUUGCUCAGUUUCCGACGGCGGCGAUGGCAGCCUCAUUCCUAUCCGUCGAGAAGUUUACGAUAAUGGACGAAUCAUUGAUAUCAGUCAUCGGUUCACUGUGGAUAUGCCGUCUUGGGAAUCUGACGAAGGGCUUGGGCAGUUUCUGUGGCUUCCUAAGAGUAUGAAGAAUGGUUCGCUUGCUAAUAACUCUGAAAUGAAGCUUCCGGCUCACACUGGCACGCACGUCGAUGCGCCUGGUCAUGUUUUUGAUCAUUACUUUGAUGCGGGAUUUGAUGUUGACACACUCGACUUGGGAGUCCUCAAUGGUCCUGGACUGUUGGUUGACGUUCCAAGGGAUAAGAACAUUACUGCUGAAGUCAUGAAGUCUUUGAACAUUCCCAAAGGAGUACGCCGUGUACUCUUCAGAACAUUAAAUACUGACAGAGGUCUCAUGUGGAAAAAGGAGUUUGACACGAGCUAUGUUGGAUUUAUGAAGGAUGGAGCAAAAUGGCUUGUAGACAACACUGAUAUCAAACUAGUUGGAAUUGAUACUAUAGAAACUCGUGCAUUUUAUAUGUCACAUGCAUCAAGAUAUUUUUCAGUUAUGGAGUAUGGACACGUACAUUACAAUAUUUAUAUUUCUCCAUGA